AUGGGAGUAGGAACUAUGCUGGGCUUGCUGACCCUAAGAGAGUUACUCUUGCAGAAUGCCUCGGAUGAGCACAGCGUCGGGGUGGAUAGAGCGGCCAAGAAGACCGAGAACAUCACAACGCAGGAGGGGGAAAAACAAACUGGUGACGACGGGGAGGCACCUGUGCUUAAGAAAACAAUACAAUCCCUCCUAGUUCAGCCCUACCGUAGAGCCGCGCCAAGUCCGGUCAUAGCUCAACCUCCGCCCGCAUUCAACUUCGCGACGCGCCUCACUCCAACAUCAAAGUACACAACACCGACCCGUGCUCUCCGCCACAACCCACAACCCACCGCCAUGGCAUCGCCCGCCGCCGACAUGCCAAACGGCAUCUCCACACCACCUGCCACAACCACCAAUGGCGCAAAUCCCAGUCCCCCAACCACACAAGCCUCGCAACAAGCUUCGCAACCCGCGUCACAACCCAACGGCGCAUCGACCUCGACCUCCGCCCCCACGCUCUUCCCGUCAACCUCCCUCACCGACCCAGGCACCUCGAAACGCCCCCGCGACGCGCGCCUCCUCCACCUCGUGCUCGCGCACAUGGGCGUAACCGCCUACACGGAGCGCGUACCCCUGCAGCUCCUCGACUUCGCGUACAGAUACACAUCUGGCGUCCUGAGCGACGCGCUCGCGUACGAACCGCCCGUGCCCAACAUCUCGACGGGCGGCAAGAAGAAGCGCGAGGAGGUCGAUGAGGGCGUUAGCUUGAAUGCGCUGCGCACGGCGGUCGGGGGCAGGGCGCAGGCACAGUUUCAGGGCGUGCUGCCCAAGGAGUAUAUGGCUGAGAUGGCGCUGGAGAGGAAUAAGAUUGCGUUGCCGAGGGUGGAGAGGGAGUUUGGCGUUAGGCUGCCGCCGGAGAGGUAUUGCUUUACGGGUGUUGGGUGGGGAAUGCGUGGAGAGUGGGAGGAGGAGGUUGAGGGCGAUGGGGAUGAUGAUGAGGAAAUGGAUCUUGGGAGGGAGUUUGACGAGCCCGUCGACUUUGGGGUUGGGGGGCCGGUGGGUGGGGAGGCUGUUGAGGCGGAUACGGCCAUGGGGGGUAUGGAGGAGGAGGAAGCGGAUGAUGAUGAGUUUGAAGAGGCCAUGGGGUUGAGACCAGAGAACAACGCGUGA